AUGCCCUUGCCUCUUCUCGAGCCACCGACUCGCCGAGACACGGGAGUUGUGGAGGGCCCCUCCAACAAGGCUCCCACCAACGAGAGCUGCGAAACAAGAAGAGCUGGCGCGCUGCAUGUGGAAUGGAUGCUGUUCUCGGCGUUCGCGCCCCUGUCCGGGCGAUCCACUGGGUCCUACGAAUCGCGCUUUCCGCCCUCCCCGCUGAAGGUCACCCCCAGGCGGCCAGGCCCUAGCAGGCAGCCCAGGCGCCAGGUGCCCGCCAGUGCAACGCUGGGCAAGAAAUAA